AUGAGCUCUCAAUCAACUACCAAGGCUAGACUUGCCCAGCUUGUGCCAAAUGCGAUAGGAUUACUAGCCUUUGAUGGAAACUGCAACGUCAUCGAGGCUUCUGGCGUAGCGAAAAAUCGCCUCGAGGAUAUAGUACAGAUCAACCAGGCAAAAGUUGAUAGCGAGGGCUUCGCCUUGCUAAGAGAUGGGGAUAUCCAAGUGAUGGUCUACAAGCACGACGGCGAGACACUAGCGGUGUACACCCAAGAAAAUUCUCUUUAA